UUUUUUUGUUAGAUGAGGACUUUAUCUGAAAGUCUAAACCGAUAAAAAGUACUAAAACUGGUUGCUCGACUCGAUUAGAAGCUUCGAUCAUUUAACUGCUGGAAGCAAGAAAUAUGGGGUCCUUAGAUCCACCCUCAAAUGCACAGGGCGGCAAAACCCUAAUCCACGACGAUGUCGACGAUAAUCCGCAAUCCACCGGCGAUGUUCGAUCGGAACUUUCACCGGCGGUGAACGACGACGCUCAAAAUCUGCCGGAAAAUGAAGUUCCGAAGAGAAGAAAGGGAGGAGUACUUCCUUUGGAGGUCGGUACUCGCGUCAUGUGUCGUUGGAGAGACUGCAAAUAUCAUCCAGUUAAGGUCAUUGAGCGCCGUAAAAUGCCGUACGGUGGACCUAAUGACUACGAGUACUAUGUUCACUACACUGAAUUUAACAGGAGACUUGAUGAGUGGGUUAAGCUUGAUCAACUUGAUCUUAGUUCGGUGGAGACUGUUGUUGAUGAAAAAGUAGAGGAUAAGGUGACAAGCUUGAAGAUGACUCGCCAUCAGAAGCGUAAGAUUGAUGAAAUCCAUGUGGAGGGUCACGAGGAGCUGGAUGCGGCAAGUCUACGUGAGCAUGAGGAAUUUACUAAAGUGAAAAAUAUAGCAACUAUUGAACUUGGAAGAUAUGAGAUUGAGACGUGGUACUUCUCUCCCUUUCCACCGGAGUACAAUGAUUGUGUGAAGCUGUACUUUUGUGAAUUUUGCCUCAAUUUUAUGAAGCAUAAAGAACAACUACAGAGGCAUAUGAGAAAAUGUGAUCUCAAGCAUCCCCCUGGCGAUGAGAUUUAUAGGAGCGGAACGCUAUCGAUGUUUGAGAUUGAUGGCAAGAAAAACAAGGUUUAUGGGCAAAAUCUUUGUUAUUUGGCAAAGCUAUUUCUUGACCACAAGACGCUUUAUUAUGACGUCGACCUCUUCUUAUUCUAUGUUCUAUGCGAAUGUGAUGAUCGAGGGUGUCACAUGGUUGGUUAUUUUUCAAAGGAAAAACACUCAGAGGAAUCUUAUAACUUGGCUUGUAUUCUUACUCUCCCUCCAUACCAGAGGAAAGGCUAUGGGAAAUUCUUAAUUGCAUUUUCUUAUGAGCUUUCUAAGAAAGAAGGUAAAGUAGGCACACCUGAAAGGCCACUGUCAGAUCUUGGGCUGUUAAGCUAUAGGGGAUACUGGACACGUGUUCUUUUGGAUAUCUUGAAGAAGCAUAAGGGAAACAUUUCUAUCAAGGAACUCAGUGACAUGACAGCUAUUAAAGCAGAAGAUAUUCUAUCUACUCUCCAGAGUCUAGAUCUGAUACAGUAUCGCAAAGGACAGCACGUCAUAUGUGCAGAUCCGAAGGUUUUAGACCGUCAUCUUAAAGCUGCUGGGCGCGGUGGUUUGGAUGUCGAUGUUGCCAAAUUGAUUUGGACUCCUUAUAAGGAGCAAGGCUGAUAUGGCAUCCCUUCAUUGUCCCCUUCUUUAGCUAUGUAUAUGUAUUAGUUAAGGUUAAUGCAAGUAGGAACUGCAGUACUGAGUCACUGACCCAUGUAUAAAUCCCCAGAAAUAUGUAUGUAAAAUCUGGCAAAGGCCAAAUGUUUUAGCCUGGAGGAGAUUUGUGAUUUAGUUUAGAUAAGAUACAAAAAUUAAGCUGCUUUAUAGUUUUAUUUGUUUAUUGUUAUUAUUUGUUAA